GUACAGUGCCAAGGCGCCCGCGCGCUAACGGCAAAUCGCUGACUAACGCGGGAGCCGAGCCUCCGCACACACGAAAAUUAGACGAAGCCAACACCUAUUCCCACCAACGCCUCCCCGUCGCCCUCUCUAACCGACACAGCAAAAUCAGCCAAGAUGGUCAACGUACCCAAGACCCGACGAACCUACUGCAAGGGCAAGGACUGCAAGAAGCACACCCAGCACAAGGUCACCCAGUACAAGGCCGGAAAGGCUUCGCUGUUCGCCCAAGGAAAGCGUCGUUAUGACCGCAAGCAGAGUGGUUAUGGUGGUCAGACCAAGCCCGUCUUCCACAAGCGUGCGAAGACCACCAAGAAGGUUGUGCUCCGUCUAGAGUGCACUGCCUGCAAGACCAAGGCACAGCUCGCUCUUAAGCGAUGCAAGCACUUCGAGCUCGGUGGUGACAAGAAGACGAAGGGUGCGGCUCUUGUCUUCUAAGCGUGUUCCUUGUUCUCUCUUUUGCUGGGCCCUCGGCGUAGUCUUCUGGGGUGGAUAGGGACGGGACGGCUUUCCCAUUCGACACAUACAAGCAUGGUGGAGCAGCGAGGGCGGUUCUGCGGAUGAAAACAUGCCGGUCACGAAUAUUACGGACUGUAACCUACAAAUGCAUCAAAUGGAGCUCGAUUGAAGGCCCUCAUGUAACCACUGUUGACCUUUUGGUUGUAUUGAAAGUGAUACUCGCGCUCGUUUCAGUCGUGUCUUCACAUACAAGCGGGGUAUUGCGCAAGAG